AUGCUUAAUUUUCUGUUUUUUCUUUCAAUAAUUGAAUAUUCAUUUGGUCAAUUACCAGGACCCAACGAUUAUCCUGGAAAAAUAGGCGGUCGUUGUGGAUUAUUUCAGUUUGAUUGUGAUCCUACAGCAAGAACUCCGUUAUGUAUUCCAUUAGUUGCUGUAAGAGAUUGUACUCCAGAUUGUCCGAAUAUGAGUGAUGAAUGGUGUGGUCAUGGAACAAUUCUCUGUGAUGCUGGAGUUGGACAGAAACGAUGCGGAAAAUGCGUGAGACCACAGGAUAUGGCCAAUUUAUGGCAACAUUUAUGUGCUUAUCAAGGAACAUAUAAAUGUGCUAAAACAAUGAAUUGUAUAUUUGCGAAAUGGUUGAUGGAUGGAAAAGACGAUUGUGGAGAUGGAAGUGAUGAAGAUGUAUGCAGGCAUGGAUUAGUUUCUUGUUCUGGUUCAGUACCAUCUCCAACUACUAUACUGGAACCAGUGACAUCGACGGAAAAACCAAAGGAAACAAAAAAGAAACCAAUUUAUAAAAAAGAUCGUUGCGAGCUUGGAGAAUUCAGAUGUUUGAAUGGAGAAUGUCUGGAUAUUUCAAGAGUUUUAGAUGGUCAGGAGGAUUGUGCAGAUGCAAGUGACGAAAAUUACUGUGAAAUGCAUGAUGGAGUGUGCAAUACAGCAGCCCGUUGUUCAUUUCAAAGAGAUGUUGGAGCAUUUGGAUGUGGCUGUCCAAAAGGUUUCGCUAGAAAUCCAACAGGAAUUUGUGAAAUUGAAGAGAAUCGUAUGAAACAUUGA